UUCGUUCUUAAUUUUUUGCUGAUGUGUUUCUGUUUCGUUUUAUUUUCUCAUUUUUUAAUUUUUUCAUCAACGAAAUAUAAUUGUAUAAAGUUCUUAACUGAAGCAAAUAACCAAAAAAAAGUACUAUACAUUUAUUUUAAAUCUAAAAGCGUUACGUGAAAAUAAAAUAACUUUUGUAUCUGCAAUUCUAAUAAUGAAAGGUGAAAUUAAAAAUUGCAAAGGGCGAUCGAUCGCAAACGAUAUUCUGUCGCUUAAAAAUUAAUUUCAAAAAUUAUUUGUGCAGUUAAUUGAGCAUAUGAUAGUGAAAAGUGUGAAAAUUAUAUCUAAAACAUGUUACGUUGUUUUUCCUAAUAUUUUAGGAACUAUAUUCUUUCAAUGAUAAUGAUGGUAUACAUCCAUGUAUCAAAAAAAUAAAAAAAGAAGAGAUGUUUGGUCGGUCGUUUUGUAUUGUACUCUGUGUGUUUGUGUGUGUUCAAAUGUAGAUGUGUGUGGAUUUUCUUAUACGUAAAUAGAAUAUGCAAAAAAGCAACAAUUGAUGGAUGGAAAUGAAAAAGAAAAUAUGAAAACAAAAGAACGUCGUAUAAAAUAUGAAAUAAAAGUCAAAAGUUAAAUGAAUUACCGUGUUAAAACAUUGCUUUUUUCAAUUCAAAUACAUAAAUUUCAUCAAUUAGUUUGAUCUUGAAUAAAGGUGAAUUGCAAAAUUGUGAGCAAGUCGUAAUUGAAAUAAUUUAAUAAUAAAAACAAGUGAAUUAUCAACGAACACUAUCAUAAGAAAUCUAUCAUCCAAUUGUCAUUAUGGCUGAUUCUUACUACCAGGUAUGUUUUGUUUACUCUUGAAAAAAUGACAGGUAUUAAAAAAGAUUUCAUUGUACUGAUGAAACAAUGUUGAAGUCAUCAUCAUGACAUCGCUGACAAUGAAUAUGGUGUUUUUAAAGGAUCUAAAAACACGCAUUAGUGGGUAUAUACAUGGAGAAUAUAUAAAACACCCUGUACUAUAUGAGCUUAGCUACAAAUAUGGUUUCACAGAUAAUUUACCAGAAAGCGCCUUACCAAGUCGUCUUGAAGAAAUCAAAGAAGCAAUACGACGAGAGAUUCGUAAAGAGUUGAAAAUCAAAGAAGGCGCUGAGAAACUGAGGGAAGUUGCUAAAGAUCGUCGUUCAUUGAAUGAUGUUGCUGCCAUCGUUAAAAAAAGUAACAGUAAAAUAGCUGAGCUGAAAUCGGAGCUGCAAGAGCUGGAAUCGCAAAUAUUACUAACACAAGGUAAUACCGUCGUGUCGCUUUCUGAUCGGGACAUUCUCUCACCAAGCUCAAAUAAUGUCAGACUAAGCGGCAGCUCACAGUUUACAAAUGAUGGAAGUGCGGGCGGUCUUAUUUCCAGCGGUCAUGAACAGCUGAGCGCCAACGACAAGCUUCUCAUAUCAUUGGAAAAACAGCUAAACAUUGAAAUGAAAGUAAAAAAUGGCGCUGAAAAUAUGAUACAAUCACUACAAAGUGGCCACUACGGUAGAGAUAAGAAACUGUUAGCAGAAGCUCAGCAAAUGUUGACGGAUUCCAAAGCAAAAAUCGAAUUCUUACGAUUGCGUAUUUUAAAAGUCAAACAGAAUAAAGAGCAUGCCCAAAAACUGUCACAGCAAAUUGCAGCGGCAAAUGCAAAUGAAAAUGGUUCCGUUGCUGGUUGUAUAUCGCCGCAACGUUUAGAAAUAUCACUCGAAGAACGUAUCGAGGAACUGAGACACCGCUUACGCAUCGAGGCGGCUGUUGUUGAUGGAGCUAAAAAUGUAAUACGUAUAUUACAAAAUAGAAAAGUGCCCGACAAGAAAGCGUUACAAGAGGCACAUGUCCGUUUAUCGGAAUCAUCUCGAAAGUUGGAUUUAUUGCGCCAUUCUUUGGAUUUGCGGCGUCUGGAACUACCAGCAGAUUCCACAGCAGCUCAACAACUGAAAUGUGAAUUGCAGUCGGUUCAACAAGCCUCCUCCCCUGUACCAUUUAAUUACACCUCCCUGCAACCUUUUCACGGUGGCUUGUUAGGCGGUAAACCGUAUCAGCAGGUAUCUACUCUAGGUCGAUGUGCUAGUGUUACUGGCAAACUAGAAGUACGUUUAAUGGGUUGUCAGGGACUUUUGGAAGAUGUUCCCGGCAGAUCACGUCGUGAUAAAGACAACAAUUCUAGUCCAGGAGAUUUGCGAAGUUUUGUUAAGGGCGUUACAUCGCGCAGUAGUUCCAAAAGCUACUCGGUCAAAGACGAAACAUCAUCCGAAAUAAUGGCAGUUAUAAAAUUGGACAAUAUGACAGUGGCUCAAACUUCUUGGAAACCAUGUUCGCAGCAAGCUUGGGAUCAACGAUUCUCUAUUGAUCUAGAUCGCUCUCGUGAACUCGAGAUCGGAGUGUACUGGCGUGAUUGGCGUUCUUUGUGUGCUGUAAAGUUUUUACGCCUGGAGGAGUUUAUCGACGAUGUUCGGCAUGGCAUGGCGCUGCAGUUGGAACCACAAGGUCUAUUGUUUGCCGAGAUAAAAUUCUUGAAUCCAAUGAUUUCACAAAAGCCCAAGCUACAACGUCAACGCAUGAUAUUUAACAAGCAGCAAGUUAAAAAUAUUCCACGUGCCAAGCAAAUGAAUAUAAAUGUUGCAACGUGGGGUCGUUUGCUCAAAAGAAACACACCAUCCAAUUCUAAUCUAGCUGAAGGAAAGACGGCAGGGGAUAGGGAAGAAUCUCCCAUAUCCCGUACUCCUUCUUCUGGCACUAUAAAUCAAGAACCAGAACCUUAUUCUCCCGGAGCUUUAGCUCAAAAUAUGAAAUGCGAUCCUGAAGCGCCAAUUAUUGAACAUAUUGAAACGCCUGGAGAAUGCCCCGACCCCGCAAAAUCUGGUCUAGGUGGUGUUCGUCCCUUGGCAAUUCCAGGUAUUGAUGCUUUGCCCCCUGAAAUUGUUUCGCCCCAACAACCCCAGAAACAACAAAAUACUGCUGCUGCUAACAAUAAUCUUCAUUUGAACAUAGUCGGCAAAAAUUCGCAACCGAAUCCAAUACCAAAACCACCAACAAGUGGCUCGAAACAGAAUACACCAACUGAUGUACUGCCGCCACAAAUACCGGCUACUUUGCCACCUAAAUUGGACCAAGAGUUACAAAGUGUCUUGAGUGAGUUUGACUUUUUAAAUCAAUUGGAUUCGCAACCUAAUACUUUACAGCGUCCCCAAGAACGCCAACAACUAUCGCAACAACAGCAGCCGCAACAAACACAUCUGUUGCAGACAACUCAAAAGCCUCCGCAACAACUGUUGCCACAGACCUAUAUUGCUUCAACUAAACAUCAAGUUGUACAAUAUCAGAAUGUCCUUCCUAACCAGCCUCAGUUGCCCUUGUUUGCAUAUCAUCAGUCAUCGCCACCAGUUGCAGCAUCAGAUUCAUAUGUUUCUCAAGCUCCAGCAAGUCCUUCAAUAACACCAUCAUCAUCAAAUACAUCAUUUCCCCCAACUGUUGCCACACAAACAAGUCAAAUAACAAAUAUUGCUAACAAUAAUAUUAAUAAUAGUAAUAACAACAACAGCGAACGUAGCAAUGAUAGUAAUUGUCAUUUUGUAAUGAGAACUGCAUCUCAAAACAAUCCUAACUUGCAUAUCCAACAGCCCCAAACACAGACGUCGCAGCAACAGUCGUCGUCACCCACAGUCGUCACAGAAUCCAGUCCUUAUGUUAUGAAUGAUUACUAUCAUCGGCCUGUGCUAGCAAUGCCACCUGUUGUUUUAAUGGGUGGUGGUGAUCAAGGUCAUGACCUGAGUAGUCCCAUAAUUGAAAUGCCCCCCUCCCCAGCUCCCAUUGUUGAAUAUCCGGAGGAUGAGGAUAACAGCGUUUGCCAUCAAUAUAGUAUAGGCGUUGGCGACGGUUUCCAAGUAGAGGCUCAUAUUAAUCUAGUUCAUAUAACAAUUGAACCUACCAUACCUCUACACUUGGACACAAUUCCUACACCAAUAAAUUCUGAAUUGGCCUUAAAACACGAUGAUACUUCAUCGGUAGUAUCACAGCCAACAUCACUAAAAUCGCCAUCGACAACAUUUACUAGUACAGUUGAAUAUUUCAUUGGUAAUGUAGAAGAUGAGCAAAAAACUAUAGAGGAAACAAAGGUUAUACCGCAAUUUAGCAACGUUUCUAUAAGCAACAACAAUUUACAACAGCAACACUAUUUGCAACAGUUGCAAUCAUCUCCAAUAAUACAAGAACCUCCAACACCUAUUAUUUUUGGGGGUCAUGCAUCAGCAAGUGAGGCUUCUGCUCCACAAUUUCCCCAACCUGCUCAGCGCCAGAAUUAUCAUCAGCAACCUCAGGCAGCGGCGUCUUAUCAGCAACAGCAGCUGCAGCACCAUCAACAACCGAUUUAUCAAAAUCAAUUUGAAUUGCAAAAUUCGGCAGCAACUCAACAAAAUGCUCGUCGCAAUGUCGCCAGAGGCUUACAAUAUUCGGCAUAUGAAUCAAGGCGCCAAUCGCAAAACCUUAUUGCAUCGCCUGGUAUUCUCUCCAUGGACAAUUUCCGUAUGCUGAGCGUAUUGGGUCGAGGUCAUUUUGGCAAAGUGAUAUUGUGUCAACUCCGCACCAACAACCAAUAUUAUGCAAUAAAGGCCCUGAAGAAGGGCGACAUCAUAGCCAGAGAUGAAGUUGAAUCGUUGUUGAGUGAAAAGCGUAUAUUCGAGGUGGCCAACGCAAUGCGUCAUCCAUUUUUAGUUAAUCUGUACGCAUGCUUUCAAACAGAGCAACACGUAUGUUUUGUAAUGGAAUAUGCCGCCGGUGGCGAUUUAAUGAUGCAUAUCCACACGGAUGUGUUUACAGAACCACGCGCUGUCUUCUAUGCGGCUUGUGUAGUUCUCGGUUUACAGUAUUUGCAUGAAAACAAAAUAAUUUAUCGCGAUUUAAAAUUGGAUAAUUUAUUGUUGGACACAGAUGGUUAUGUAAAAAUCGCUGAUUUCGGUUUAUGUAAAGAAGGAAUGGGAUUUGGUGAUCGUACUGGUACAUUCUGUGGUACCCCAGAAUUCCUGGCACCUGAAGUUUUAACUGAAACUUCGUAUACUAGAGCAGUCGAUUGGUGGGGUUUGGGUGUGUUAAUAUUUGAAAUGCUGGUAGGAGAGUCCCCCUUCCCUGGAGAUGACGAAGAAGAAGUUUUUGAUUCUAUUGUCAACGACGAAGUUCGUUAUCCAAGAUUUCUGUCUUUAGAGGCUAUAGCAAUUAUGCGAAGGCUUCUACGCAAAAAUCCUGAAAGGCGUUUAGGUUCAUCAGAACGAGAUGCCGAGGAUGUGAAAAAACAAGCAUUUUUCCGGACUAUUGUAUGGGACGAUUUAUUACUUCGUAAAGUUAAACCACCCUUUGUACCAACUAUAAAUCAUCUGGAAGAUGUGUCGAAUUUCGAUGAAGAGUUUACAUCUGAAAAACCGCAAUUAACUCCACCAAAGGAACCACGUAUCUUGACUGAUGAGGAACAAAUGUUCUUCCAAGAUUUCACUUACACCGCGGACUGGUCUUAAUGCCAACACUCAUUUAUUUAUUUUUUUAUAUAUACAUAUAUUGGAAAGUAAACAACUUUAUUAGUUAAUUAAGUGCCUCAUUUGUUACUGGCAAUUUUCAUCAGCUGCAAGCAAAUAUAUAUACACCCAUAUAUUUUGUUUUUAUUUUCUAUCGCUCAUUUGCGAGAAGACCCGCAUACAGCUCCGAGUAACAUUACUUGAAACGUCCUUCUAAUAGUACAUAUUCCUAAAGUAAAUUGUUUGAAUAUACAUACAUACAUAAAUAUUUAUAAACAUUUUUUGAAAUUAAUUUUCAAAUGUAUUUUUAUCAAUAAAAUAUACAUAGAUACAGUAGUAGUAUAUAAGAACAUUUCUUUUUUAGUUAUGAAGUUAAUGAGAAUACAACUUCUCGCAGUUUGAAAUAUAUCUGGGGAUUUUGAAAGAAACGAAACCAAUUUCGAAGUCUGUAAGUUUUUAGUCAGGAAAUUAUUUUGCAAAUCGUUUUUAGUUAUCAAGGUCUUGUUGCAAUUGAGCGAUUCGAGUUAAUAUUUUUUAAAAAUUAAAUUCACUCUCAAGAAGCAAUACCAUUAGUAUUCUGAAUACAUACUUUAAAGUCAAAAAAUGCAACUAAUGCUAACUUUUCUCAACGUUUUGCUACGUCUUUUCGUAACGAUAUAUUGCCAGUUUUCAUAAUAAAAUUGUGUCAAAAAAACCGUACAUAUAUAAUUACAAACGAUUAUAACCAGGCAUUGAGUAAUAUUGGUUUUUGAGAGCAAAUUUAAACGAAAUUUAAUUUAAUGGAUACACAUACAUACAUACAUAUAAACAUACAAACAUAUUUUAUAUACUUUGAUUUCUUUUGUAAUUGAUUAUUGAUUAUGAUUAUAAUAUUAUGAAAUAAUUGCCAAAACCAUAUUUCUCUUAGCUAUCUAUAUAUCUAUCUAUCUAUCUAUCUUUUUUUCAAGGAUUUCAUAAACUUAAUCUUUUAUAAUAAGCAUUUAAAAUACAUACAAACAUAGAUAUUUCAAGUAUACAAGAUUUAAAUGAUUUAUUAAAAUGCGAAAAUAAUAAUUACAUAUAUACAUAAAUACAUAUAUUUAUAUAUUUUCUUUUCAUCUUUUUUGUCAAAAUACAUUAAGAAGUAAGAAUUUAAGUAGCGCAUUCUAAUAUAGCCACUCCUCCAAAUAUUAGUCACUUUUAUUAAGUAAAUACUUAUUUUUUAGUUUUGUUUUUCCUCCAGUCGGCCAAAAUAAAAUCACGUUUAAACAAAAAAUAUAUCUUGCGAGUUUAUAUUCAUUCUAUCUAUUCUUACUAGUUCACACUUUUAUAAUAAGGAUAUUUUUUUUUUUUUUUUUGUCUAAAAAUCAUGUUUAAAUAUUGUUUAUCUAUCUAUCAUCUUAUGUUUAGCAGACCUCCCUCCUAAGCCAUCUAAACUAAAUUAUUUUCUUUAUCAGCAUUAAUGUACUAAAGUGUAUUAUUUUUUAAGAUUAUUAUUAUUUAAACAUUUAUAUUACAAUUUAAAUAAUGUUGACAUUAUAAUAAACAAAUAAAUAAAUGACUAUUAUUUAUUUUUAACAAAUA